AUGAAUUAUUGCGGACCGAGGCUGCAGCAAUCAUUGAUCCCAGAUGUGCAAAAGUUGAUCCCGGACAACGACGUAAGCGUGACAUCAUUAGGAUGGAACGCCGUCACUAGAAUGGAACAAUAUGAGUACCGAUUUGUCCUUAUUCUCGUUUUAUUUGAUGAAAAAUCGGAACGUUUUACAUUUUAUUUUAUUUUUUAUACAAUGUAAAUGGAAUACACCUACUUUGCAUAUUAGAUGUCUAGAUAUUAUACUUUGUAUUAAUUUUGACUUGAGAAAUCAAAAUUUAAUAAUAUAUGUAAUAUGCAGCAAAAUAUAGUUGCUAAGCAUUACCUAAAUAAUUUACAUGUUCUGUCCAUAUAUUAUGAACAAUCUGAAAAAUAAUUGUAAUUUAAAAUUAAUUGGACAGAGAUUUCUGGUAUAACAAUCGUUUAGAGACGGAAAAAGCUAAUACUGCUGAUGGUCGUGCCACUUUUCUAGGUGAAUAG